AUCCUCAGAUUCGUCGUGAACCACAAAGACUUGAUCUAUCUAUUGUGCCAGGCAAAAGUCUGGGGUGGUUUCGUUUAGGCACGUCAAUUUGGGACAUCAAUAACUUUAUAAGGGAACAAUCUCGUAUAAUUCCUUCUGUGGAUUUAAAAUAUGACGAAGAGGCACCAUUAUCAACAGAUAUAUUCCUAUCUUUAACAGCUAAUGGAAUUCACAUGAGAUUUGAUAGAGCAUCUCAACGACUUAAGUCAAUUCAAGUUUCUGAUUUCUCGAAAUUGAGAUUAACAUAUCAUGAUAGUGAAGUUAG